AUGAAUUGUGUCUUAGAGGAUGAUGAGUUGUACAAGGUAAUUGAGGAAGAAAAGCAAUGUGAAGAGCUUUAUGAAAAAUCUAUGCAGUCUUCCAUCAUUCGUUUUAUUGAAAUGAAUGAAGCUAGGAAAGCAACAACGAUUCAACAUUUCAGUCAUCAACAUUACUUGGUGUUAGCAGACAAGAUGGAGGAGGAAAUUGAUAGAAAAUGUGAUGAGUGCAUGCUAUCUAUCUCAACUCUCUUCUAUUAUUGUCUAGAAUGCCCCUUUUUUCUUCAUAAAACGUGUGCUGAAUUACCAAGGAUCAAGCAACAUUGGUUUCGUCAAAGUAAUGCCAUUCUUUUGUUCAAAGGCUUCCUGGAAUGUAACUUUUGUGAUCAACGUUGUAGUGGUUUCUUCUACUAUAUUGGAGGUUGGGAAAUGUGCUUAAGGUGUGCUAAAGUUGCUGAUAUCAUUAAAUGUGAAGGACACCAACACUUUUUCUUUAUUGAUUUCAAAUAUCGGGAGAAAUGUAAUGGUUGUGGAAAGAGGUGUUCCAAUGGUGCAUUCAGAUGUGGAAAGUGCAGAUUUGCUUUGGAUUUUGGAUGCUUAAAAUUACCACAUUCAACUCUUCACAAAAUUGAUGAACACAAGCUAAAGCUUACUUAUGAUGAUGAUAAAGAGCAAAUUUAUUGUGAUAUUUGUGAACGACAAAGAGAUCCUAGCCUUUGGUAUUAUUCUUGUUCAAUAUGUGAUACUUCUGCUCAUCCCGAAUGUGUUCUUAGACAAUUUCCAUUUGUCAAUGAUGGAGUCACAUUUCCUUCUUAUUAUCACAAUCAUCAUCAUGAUCUUAAAUUUUUUAGGAAGGUUGAGGGCUACCUUGAAUGCUUUCAUUGUGGUAAGCUUUGCCAAGAAGAAAUUCUCAAAUGUGAAGAGUCUACAUGCGACAAUAUUAUCCAUUGCGAAUGUUCGGAUUAA